UUAUACCACCAGUUAGAAAGCCAGCCUUGUAAGAGUGGUGCACUAAAUAGCGUGACUAUUUACAGUAAAGCAUGCUAGCCCUUGCAAAGUGAGACAUUAGCUGGUUGUAUAGGUUCCUAACAAUGGGGGUAUCGUUGCUGCUCCUGGCCCUUUCUGCGGUGCUCUGGUUCCCCGCAAAUGGCGCACAUAAUCAAGAGGAGAAGCUGAUUGGGUGGCAAGGCGAGCAAGCGAGCCCUUACAGCAAAGAUUCGGGCAACGGGGGAUAUGGUGCCUCGCUUUACUCGGCGAACACGACAGUCCGGCCAGGAUGGAUCCAGACCAUCAGCUGGAAACCUCGGGCCUUUGUGUACCAUAACUUCCUGAGUGACCAGGAGGCGCGGCACAUCAUCGACCUCGCUCACGCCCAGAUGAAACGCUCGACGGUUGUGGGCAACAAGAACGAGGGUGUUGUGGACGAGAUCCGCACCUCGUACGGAACUUUCCUGAGACGCAAUCAGGACCCGGUGAUUGCUGCCAUCGAGCAGCGCCUCGCCAUCUGGACGCAGCUGCCGCCCUCCUACCAGGAGGACAUGCAGGUGUUGCGGUACGGCCCCACCAACAAGUACGGCGCGCACAUGGACGGACUGGAGCGGGUGGCCACCGUGCUGAUGUACCUCGUAGAACCGGAUUUCGGAGGCGAGACCGCCUUUCUCAGCAGCGAGUGGAGUCACCCCGAGCUCGCAGCGCGUGCGGAUCGGGAGGGCAACUUCUCCGAGUGCGCCCGGGGCCACGUGGCCUACCGCCCCAAGCGGGGGGACGCGCUGAUGUUCUUCGACACCAAGCCCGACUACAUGAAUGGCGACGGGCACUCCAUGCACACGGGGUGUCCGGUGGUGGCGGGGGUGAAGUGGAAUGCGGUCAAGUGGAUCCACGGCGUGCCGUUCCGAGAGGAUGAGUACCAGCGGGCUCUCAAGGAACCCUUCCAGCCGCUGCCCGACCCCGGGGUGUGCGCCAACCUGCACGAGAUGUGUGACACAUGGGCUAAGUCCGGAGAGUGCACCCACAACCCCGGCUACAUGAAGGGCGGCAACGUGGGGCAGGGCAGCUGCCGGCUGGCGUGCAAGGAUUGUGAGGCGUGCGAGGAGGGGGACAGGGAGUGCUAUAAGAGGAACCGCGAGUCGGGCGGAUUCCUGAUUUUUAAUGAGGCGGAGUUGAAGGGGCUGUGAGGGGUGCUAGUCCAGGGUUGUGUGCGUUGAAGUGCGUGUUGUGUUUAGCGGGUGUGUUUGGCGUGCAGUGUGUGGUAGUGGCUGGGGGCUUGUGCAUGGUUUUAUGGGGGCUUAUUAUGUUGUUCGGCAGCAUGGGAGGCUCCUAAGCUAUAUUGUUCCGACGAUGGCAAACUAGGGAACACCGCAAUCUAGGCUUGAUGGCAUUACAGCGGUGACGAUUGCGUGCCACGUGCGAUUCGCUGGUGUGGCGUUUAUACGGGUUACCAUGGCCAAUGCGAUGCAUCAUCCCGUUGCAUUACAGCAUAUGCCCGGACACCAGGGGCUAUGUAGGGCGGUUUGCGACACAAGCAAGGCAUCAACCCCAACGUUACUAACUAUAGUCCUGAAGGAAAACCUAACGACGCCUCGACAGGCCUUUGGGGACCUAUGUUACACCAA